AUGAAGUCCAACCAUGAACGCAGCAACGAGUGUCUGCCCCCCAAGAAGAGAGAUUUCCCAGCCAGCACUGCGGAUGAGAGGCCCCUGGUGAUGGCGCCCGCCAGCGAGACCCAGCGAGGAGAGAACCUGGCAUGGCUGGCCAGCGUAGCCGGCGGGCACAACAGAGACAGUAGCGGAGGUAACGGGGAUGGUGGUAGAGCUGGGCAGCGUACCAGCACUCCCAGUGAGUCUGACGUGACCCAGUACAAACCGCUAUACUCCACCGGCACCACACACUUAGACUUCCUGGUCCCUUCCUCCAUCUGUUCCAUCUCCUCCUCCUCUUCAUCACAUCAGUCCAGUGUGGUGACCACAUCCCUCCCUGCCAUGUACACCUCUCCUCUGUCCCAAUCAGGGGGGGCCCUCCACUAUACCCAGCUGCCCCCCAACCUCCAGUUCAUCAGUUCCCCUUACACAGGCCCCUAUGCUGGCUACAUCUCCUCCCAGCUCCCCCCUCCACCCACCUCCACAUCCCAAUGCUCCUACCCCAACACCGCCACCAAGCUGGACCAGCACCACUCUGUGGGUCCAGGUCGCCCCCCACCCCAGUCCCAGUCCUUACCCCCGGGCCUGGCUGUGUCGGACACUGGCCCCCAGUACAUCCAGCUCUCUGGUUCCUCUCAGAGUGUGGACCCCCGGACUGCCCCCUCGCCCCACGGUGGGACCCACCACAUGCACCCCGACCCCCACCACACCCUGGCCUUCAGCGGUAGCUCCCAGGUGCUGGUCCAGUAUGCGUGCCCUGGCUCCGAGGGGCCCCUGACUAAGAGAGAGGAGGGCCAGCCCAGGGAGCUGCACAAUGGAGAGCUGGAGAAGAGGAGCCGCUUUGAGAGAAAGGAAAGCAAAGGAACCCCAUCCUCAUCCUCCUCCUCUUCCUCCUCUUCCUCCCAUCACCAGCUCCACCAGCAGCAGAGCUCCCAGCAUCACUAUGAGACCUAUACCUCCCAUGAUGCCUCAGGGCUACGGACCUCUCUCAUGCCCAACAGCCACGGAGGACAAGACCACCAGAGCCCCGACAAACUACCCCCCUCCUCUGCCUCGCACCCAGAGAAAAGCAGCCUUCUCCUGGGUAAACCUGUGUACCGCACCUCCUCCUCCACCUCCUCCACGUUCACCUUCCCCCCUCAGCUCAAUGUGGAGAGUCUUAAGGCAGCCGUCAGCUCCCCCCACACCCACACGGUCAUCCAGACCACACACAACGCCAGCGAUGCAUCACCCCCCUCCCUGGGCCAACUCUCCACCAACUUCUACCAGGCUGGCCACGGUGGGCAGCCCAUCAUCAGCUAUCUGUCUGGGGGUGCAGGGGGGCAGCAGUACCACACCAGUCUGCCCCAGCACCUUCUCAUCCCAGGGGCCCCAGGGUCUCAACCUAUCAUCAUCCCCGUCAGUGGGGCCGGGGUCACCAGCCUGGAGGCUACCCAUGCUGCCCACAUAGCCACCACAACCCAACCACAGCCCCACGCCUACGCCACCACCACCACUAACCCCAACCCCAAAGAGGAGCAUCUAUUCGAGGUCCCGGCCCCCUACCCUCCUCUGUCCCACCCUGCCGGGGCCGGGGGGAGCGUGGUCCAGGCCCAGCUACACCUCCCGGUGGUCCCACCCCUCCCGGCCCCCUCCUCGGCCCCCUCAGGCCCCUCGCUGCCACCCUACUUUAUCAAGGGCUCCAUCAUCCAGCUGGCGGACGGGGAGCUGAAGCGCGUGGAGGACCUGAAGACGGACGACUUCAUCCAGAGCGCUGAGAUAAGCAGCGAGCUGAAGAUAGACUCGUCCACUGUAGAACGCAUCGACGGCAGCCACACACCCAACUUGGCAAUCGUACAGUUCUCUGUGGGUGAGCACCGCGCUCAGGUGAGAGAACGCUAAUCAUGUUUGUGCAUCAAUAUAACAUUGAUAAUCACAAGUGUGACGUGCCUGCACGUCACACAGUGACAUCAUUUUGAAUAUUGAAUAGCUCCUUGUGUGUUUAUACUAGAGACUUCCUGUGUCUUGCAGUGGCUGCAGCUCAAUCUUUUCUUUCCGCCGAUAUAAAGCUUGCACUUAUUCCAUAACAUGGGGCUUGUAAAGGCGGUGUUUUUCAUCACCGAACUGUUUGAACUACAAUCUAAUAAGCAUUGAAAGGGGAGACUCUCACGAACAUGAAGGGGAGUCAUAACCUUUUGGGGGGGGUACCCCACCUACAUUGUACCUUAAACUGUUUAUAAAUACAACAGAUUCUGUUCCAACAGCCCUGGGCCCAACUCAUUGGAAUGUCCCCACCCCAUGGCCCAACUCAUUGGAAUGUCCCCACCCCAUGGCCCAACUCAUUGGAAUGUCCCCACCCCAUGGCCCAACUCAUUGGAAUGUCCCCACCCCAUGGCCCAACUCAUUGGAAUGUCCCCACCCCAUGGCCCAACUCAUUGGAAUGUCCCCACCCCAUGGCCCAACUCAUUGGAAUGUCCCCACCCCAUGGCCCAACUCAUUGGAAUGUCCCCACCCCAUGGCCCAACUCAUUGGAAUGUCCCCACCCCAUGGCCCAACUAGCAAUUUAUACAAUUUAUACCAGUCCAAUGGUGGUCCGACAGCGCGCAAACAAAGGGGCAGGGCCGGGGGGGCAUGACUCUUAAAUAUAGGCUGUUAUCGUGAUUGGGCUAUUCAUACUGUAGGCCUAUCAUAUGGACUGGAAUUAGGCACCUCUUUACCAUGAAUCUGGGACAUGAUGAUGGUUCAUUGAUGUGUGCAAGACAGAGAUUGAAUAGGCUAGUAAGUGUGCUAGUCAUACUGGAAUAGAUGACGGUCAACUGAGACAGACAUUCACAUCCAAAUAUUUCAGAUCUCCCCUCUUUCUGAAUUUUUUUACAGAUACUGUAUGUAUUUCCAUCUCUGUCAUAUGAAACUGCCUGCAUGUGUGGUGCGCAUUAGACCGGCGUUUUCCCGCUACUUGCGUUCUGGGACAUUCGGGUGUGUUACCAUGUGACCAUUGCUGCGCUUAUAAUGUGAGGAAAUAAUAGUUGAUCAACAUUUUAAGCUAAACGUUGUCAUCUGUUCUGUCAGCCUCUUUGUGUUUAUAAGCAAUGCAGGCUAUGAAGGCUAUUUUAGAUUGCAGGUCCACUGGGCGUCAGUUGUAGGCUAUUUUAGACUGCAGGUCCACUAGGUGUCAGUUGUAGGCUACAUGCAGGCUCUUGCGCGUCUCGUGUGAAUUAUUACAUGGAUUAUAAUAAACUGACAUCUUUUUUUUUUAGGGGGUGGAUGUAUUUUUUGUCAGGGAAAAUCAGUAGUUUUUUAUUAAAUGUUCAAGGCAAGCAAUAGGCAGAAUAAAUGAUUGGCAGCCUCAGUGUCCAACGGUUACAGCCACUGACCCCCGGCACACAUCUGCCAGAAUCAGCAAUGGGGUUGGAAUUCGGCCCGCUGCCCUUUGACUCACCCUCCACCUGUUUCUCAAACAUUGUUCUAGCUCUUAAAUAAAAGCUAAAAAAAUUACAAAAGGUAAAAUAAAUACUGUUAAUAAUAGACUUGUAUAAUAUAAUGAUCAUACAGUACAAUGACGGUAGAGGUCUAACAGUAUGCUAUUUAACAGUGGGAGGACUUUAACAUUAACACAUGGGUGCAGCAAAAUGCCAGAUUCUUCAAUGAUAAUGACCAUAUCAUUUUCUCAUGAUUAAAGAGACCAGGUUGGCGCGAAAUGCAGGAGUGGCGAUGGUGAAUUCAACUGUUAAACAAGCUGCUCAAUAAGCUGUCAAUCAACUGAUGGCCCCAAAUCAGCUCAUCAACUCAGCCAGUGAAACAAACAGUAGCCUACUAUGGGUUUUCACACCUUUCAUCAUGAUGUCACAAUGUAUAGGCUAACGAAUAACCUACAGAAUGUAUUGGAAUAUAAUCCAAUAACAAGGGGCCUAUUGUAACCAUCGAUGGCACUAGAUUAUCGCCAGCUGAUGUCUCAUUAAACCAUCAAUACGCACUAAAUUCACCCACACAGCUGAUUUCAAUUGCGACCAUUAUUGGUCACCUCAUUACCGCUCCCUAAAAGAUGUCGGUGUUACCUGCCUGCAACCAAAGUUUUUCAAUAUAUGUUCGCCCUCUGGUUGGUAUUAUCAUGGGAACAAUUUAGUCCUUUUUGAACAGACGAUUUAUCUCUUUCACAAGCAUUCAGUACAAUUGAAAUAAAAUAUUUCCUUGUUUACCACAGCAAUUUACCCGACACUGUAUAAAUGUAAACUAAUGUUGGUGUAGCUUACUGUUAUAAUUGUAUUAGUUUCCGAUUUAUGUUUUCGACUAAAUACAAUUGUCUAUGAAAGUGUCUGGUAUGGUCAUUUAUUUUCAAGAUUGCCGAUAAAAUAUCCCUGGACUGUCCAUAUUUGAAAUCCGCCAUUAAUGCACCAUUGCGCUCAAUUCCGUAGGCUACCUCACUAUUCUCAAUUUAAUCUUGUCUUUGCAUUUGAUAUUAUAGGCCUAUGUGAUUACAUGCGUUUUUCUGGAUUUUUGUUGUUGUUAUUCUGUCUCACACUGUUCAAAUAAACCAAUAUAAAUUAUAAAAUAUAAAUAAAAUUAUAUACUGAUCAUUUCUUUGUCAGUGGGCAAACGUACAAAAUCAGCAGGGGAUCAAAUACUUUUUUCCCUCACUGUAUAUCAUGACUGUAUAAGUACUAUAUCAUUAAUAUAUAAGUAUUAUAUCAGUAAUAUAUCAUGACUAUACCAUGACUAUAUCAUGACUGUAUCAGUACUGUAUCAGUACUAUAUAAGUACUAUAUCAGUAAUAUAUCAUGACAAUACCAUGACUAUAUCAUGACUGUAUCAGUACUAUAUCAUUAAUAUAUAAGUACUAUAUCAGUAAUAUAUCAUGACUAUACCAUGACUAUAUCAUGACUGUAUCAGUACUGUAUCAGUACUAUAUAAGUACUAUAUCAGUAAUAUAUCAUGACUAUACCAUGACUAUAUCAUGACUAUAUCAUGACUAUACCAUGACUAUAUCAUGACUGUAUCAGUACUGUAUCAGUACUAUAUAAGUACUAUAUCAGUAAUAUAUCAUGACUAUACCAUGACUAUAUCAUGACUAUAUCAUGACUGUAUCAGUACUGUAUCAGUACUAUAUCAGAGACUUCAUUCUUCUCUUUUCUCUGUCCUCAUCUCCUGUGGUUUUCUGAUGUUUCUUUGAGAUGGUUUCUUCUCUGAGUUGGUAUAUAUUAUGUCUGAUGUGGAACUUGAUUUUCUCCUGUCUGUUAUCUCCAUCUCUUUUCCUCUCCUCUCAAUCUCUUUCAUUAUCUCUCCCCCCCUCUCUCUCCCCCUCUCUCUCCCCCUCUCUCUCCCCCAGGUGAGUGUGGAGGUGCUGGUCGAGUAUCCCUUCUUCGUAUUCGGCCAGGGCUGGUCAUCGUGCUGCCCGGACCGGACCACUCAGCUGUUAGAACUACCCUGCACCAAGCUGUCAGUGGGGGACGUCUGCAUCUCCCUCACCCUGAAGAACCUGAGGAACGGCUCCCUGAAGAAGACCCAGCAGACCCAGAACCAGGCCAUGGAGAUCACUACUAGCUGCAACAUGGGCUCCAUCCACGGGCCCCUCAAACCCUCCAGGUGUUCCCGGGGUGGAAGGGGGUCAGGCAGGCACGGGGAGCAGGAGAACGGGGUGGGCCAUAGAGGCUCCAGUGGAAGUGGGGGAGUGGUGGUUGGAGGUGUUCAGAUCGCCUCAGAGAAUGGAGAACUGAGGUUCGGCGUCGGGGGGGAGGCCAACUUGAAAAGAGGCCAGCCUGGAGAUUCAGAAUCCAGCAGGGGUGCAGCCAAGCCGGCGAGCCGCAAGAGGAGGUGGUCGGCCCCUGAGGGCCGUAAGGUGGAGAGGAGCGAGGAGGAGCCCCCGUUGACUCUGCCCAAACCUUCCUUUAUCACUCAGGAGGUAAAGAUCAGCAUCGAAGGCAGGUCAAAUAUAGGCAAGUAG